GACUACAAGAGGUGAAUGACGAUUGGUUCCUGAGUGAGGAGGGCGGAGUAAAAGGCGGAAACAGGGCCGCGAACUGGGCUGGGAGGAAGAGAGGAGAGCAAUGGAAGUAGUUAAGUGCCCGGAGCACGGGACCUUUUGUUUUCUGAAGACUGGCGUCCGCGAUGGUCCGAAUAAAGGAAAGAGCUUCUACGUGUGCUCGGCGGGCCCAUGCAAUUUCGUGCAGGCUACGAACAUUCCUGUGUCUUAUUGUUUAUUGCAUGAGGACUCUGUAGUAGAUCUUCAGGGUUUGCUUCUACCACAGGGCAAGAGUGAAUACAGAGUGUUCUACCGAUGCACUGCAAGUAAGGCAAAAGGGAAGCCCUGGUGUGGAAGUAUUCCUUGUCAGGAUCCUAAUUCCAAAGAAUAUUCUGUAACCAAUAAGGCUCAGGAUGCCUCUGAGCCAUUUCUUCAUCUUUCCAGCCAGCAGAGAAACCCAUUCAAGGUCCUUGACAAGAAUCAAGAACCGUCUGUCUGGAAGCAGCUCAUCAGAGGUGAAGGUGAGGAAAAGAUGGCUGAUAAGAAGCAAGGGGAAAAGGGAGAUCAGCUCUUCAGUCAAAAGAAGGAACAGAAGCCUGAAUCUAAAUGCUGGGUGGAGAAAGAUCUCUCAUCCGACAUGGUGGUAAAGAAUAAAAAACCUGUAGUUCAAGAGAAGAAGCCAGGUGAGAGAAGAGAGUUACCGUGUGAAGCCAAGGAGACUGAAGGGGCACACAAAAGAAAUCUUUCUGAAAUUAAACCGAAACAGUUCCCUGGUAAUGAACUGAGAAAACCAUCUGCAUCUUCUCGGGAGAAAUCAAAUGGAGAGAGUGGUGAUGUCCAAAAACAAUCAGAACCUCUGAGAGGAAAGGAAACCAGACUUUUGCCUCUAAAUGUUCAGCAUCAGAAUUCAAUAAGCAAGCCCCAGAAAGGGGGCCACCUCAGCAAGGACCACCCCAAGAACUGGGAGGCUGGAGAGACAAAAGCAGAGGGUGACACAAGCUCGCAGACUGUCCAGAAGAGGCUACCCCAUGGGAAUUUGCAGACACAGUUGGAGUGUCCUGAUGUGCCUUCUGCGCAAGGACCAGCUGACCAGUUUGCACCACCAGCAGCGGGCCUUUCCCUGGGUGAGCGUCGGAGAGCUGACACAAGCGGCAAUGACCGCAAGGAAGAGGAUAUUGUUUUUGUUUCUUCUAAGCCAGGGAACCCCCUGCUUGACUUGACUUUGAAUUCACAGAAGAAGGAAAAUCUGAAAUUACCUCAUCAAAGUGAACAAAAAAAAAUCUCUCCAAUCUCAGGCGUUUCCAAGAAGGUAGAGCCUUCAGACUCAGCAGCUCAACAAGUGCAUCUCACAACUCAACUGAAGCAAAAGAAGAGCACACUGGCAUCGGUGAACAUCCAGGCUCUUCCAGACAAGGGUCAGAGGUUGCUUAAUCAAAUCCAGGCAUUGGAGGAUGCUCUCAGUGCUCUCACCCUCUCCCCAGAGCAAGGAACUAACGAGAAGAAAAACACUCAAGUACCACAACAGGGUAGCUGCACCAAAACUACCAUUGACCCUCCCCACUUGGUGCCUCCCAAGCCCCUGCGGGGUCAGGAUCUUCAGCCUCCCAGUUCUCUGGGACUAAAUGCUGGAGGAUCCAGUCAAUACUUUGGAACCCAUACAAGCCGAGAUCGCCUUCAUGCAGUGUGGAAAAUCACAGGUGAAGCCAUCGAUGAGCUGCAUCGAUCACUUGCGUCGUGUCCUCGUGAGACAGCGGUGGUGGAAGAUCCCCCUGGGUUGAAGGUUCCUUUGCUUCUGCACCAGAAGCAGGCAUUAGCCUGGUUACUAUGGCGGGAAAGUCAGAAGCCACAAGGAGGAAUUCUGGCGGAUGAUAUGGGCUUAGGAAAAACCCUGACAAUGAUUGCACUUAUCCUGACCCAGAAGAACCAACAGAAAAACAAAGAGAAGGACAAAAACUCAAUUACAUCUAAAGAGUCCUCUAACUUUACUUCCCAAGGAACACUAAUUAUCUGUCCUGCUUCCUUGAUCCAUCAUUGGAAAAAUGAGGUAGAGAAAUGUGUGAGCCUCAACAAACUGAGAGUCUAUCUCUAUCAUGGGCCAAACCGGGAUCAACGUGCAAAAGUCCUCUCCUCAUAUGACAUCGUGAUCACUACCUAUAGCCUUCUGGCUAAGGAGGUCCCCACAAAGAAGCAAGAGGGCGAGGUCCCGGCUGCAAGCCUCAGUGGGGAGGGUAUCUCAACACCUUUACUUCGCAUAGUCUGGGCUCGAAUCAUAUUGGAUGAAGCUCACAAUAUUAAGAACCCCCGAGUGCAGGCUUCCGUUGCUGUGUGUAAGCUACAAGCCUGUGCCCGUUGGGCUGUCACUGGGACCCCCAUUCAGAACAACCUGUUGGACAUGUACUCCCUGCUGAAAUUUCUCCGUUGUUCUCCAUUUGAUGAAUUUAAUCUGUGGAAGAGUCAGGUUGACAAUGGUUCAAAGAAAGGAGGAGAACGGUUAAGUAUUUUAACCAAGAGCCUUUUGCUGAGGAGAACCAAGGACCAGCUGGACUCCACUGGCAAACCUUUGGUGAUGCUGCCCCUGCGUAAAUUUCAGUUGCACAAGUUAAAGCUUUCAGAAGAUGAAGAGACUGUUUACAAUGUCCUUUUUGCACGAUCAAGGUCAGCUCUGCAGUCUUAUCUAAAAAGACAUGAAAACGGGGACCACCAGUAUGGAAGAAGCCCUGAUAAUCCCUUCAGUAAAGUGGAACAAGAGUUUGGAUACAGUGGGCCUGGAAACUCGGUAGCGGCAGACUCUCCGAGAUCCAGCACCGUCCACAUAUUGUCGCAGUUGCUGAGACUCCGUCAGUGUUGCUGCCAUCUGUCUUUACUGAAGUCGGCCUUGGAUCCAACAGAACUGAGUAGAGAAGGCCUCGUCCUUUCCCUGGAAGAGCAGCUCAGUGCAUUGACCCUGUCUGAACUCCACAGCUCAGAGUCAUCUUCCAUGGUUUGCAUGAAUGGCACAUCCUUCAAGGUGGAGCUUUUCGAAGACACAAGGGAGAGCACUAAGAUAUCAUCUCUGUUGGCAGAAUUGGAGGCAAUCCGAAGAAAUUCAGGGUCCCAGAAGAGUGUCAUUGUCUCUCAAUGGACCAGCCUGCUGAAAGUUGUAGCUUUGCACCUUAAGAGGCAUGGAGUGACUUACGCCACCAUUGAUGGCUCUGUCAACCCCAAAGAGAGAAUAGACUUGACUGAGGCAUUCAACAAUCAUUCUAGGGGUCCACAGGUUAUGCUAAUCUCUCUCUUGGCUGGAGGUGUUGGUCUGAACUUGACUGGAGGAAACCAUCUCUUUCUUCUUGACAUGCACUGGAAUCCAUCACUUGAAGAGCAAGCUUGUGACCGAAUUUACCGAGUAGGACAGCAGAAAGAUGUUGUUAUACACAAAUUUGUUUGCGAGAGAACCGUGGAAGAGAAGAUACUGCAGCUCCAAGAAAAAAAGAAAAAUUUGGCCAAAGAGGUCCUUUCGGGUUUGGGAGAAUCUGUCACCAAACUCACUCUGGCUGACCUCAAAGUCCUUUUUGGCAUCUAACCACCUGUUUAUAGGGCUCAGAAUAGUGCCGCCAUUGGUUUGUCUUAGGACCUGGGAAUGACAACCUAACCAGGGUCCUGGAGCUCUUUUCUUGGCAUUCUGUUUCACCAUCAAGCCUUAUGCCCUCCUCAGAGAGGCCUAAAGUUGCCCCUAGAAUUGAAGGUCUGUCAUCAUGUUAAUCAGUUGGUUAUUUAAUGAGUGGCAGAUAAAAGAAAAUGCUUUGGAGUUAGAUGAUUUUGGAAAACAAGUCUGGCAGAGUUGUACGUCAGUUUUAGUAAAAGCUCAAAAGACUGUGCGGGCCUUUCUCAUCUCAGCUGAUGGGGGACCAGCGUCAUUACCUUUUCCAGCACAGUCUCCAUUGCAUCUCUUCUUGCCAGUGAGGCUACCCCUGUACGUACCUCUUAGGGCCGAGCAGAGUGGAUCCCUGCAGCCAUUCCUCUGCAGUUGUCUUAUGCCAGGCAGUUCUUCCUCUCAGCCUUAAGAUCAGAGAGCUGCUUUAUAUACAUAAGCAGAUGUUUGGUAUCUGUAUCAUGUAGUAUUCUAUCACUCAGUACUUGCAUCAUUGUGUCAUUUAGGAUUUGUACCAUCACAGCAUUUGCUGUUUGUAGCAUUUUGUAUUAUCACAUCCUAUAGUAUUUGUGUUAUCAUUGGCAAAAAAUAUGUACUAAAUAUGUGUUUAACAACAUAGCAGUGCUGUGUGUUCACCAAACCCCAUUUCCUUUUCCUCCUGGGCACCCAGAGAGAUUACAUUUCCCAGUCUUCACUGAGUUUAGAUGGGCCUUAGUUGUUACUUAGUUUGUAGUCAAUGAGGUGUGGAGAAAAGUGAUGUCAGUCAUUUCUAAGCUGCCCUCUAAAACUUUCCAAGUGAUUCGUCCUGCUAUUUCUUCUUGCUGGAUGUAGAGGACCUGAUGGAGGACAACACGGCCCUCGGGAAUGGUAAAGCCAGUGAUCGGGGUCCUUCACUCCCCUCCCCACCACGGGUCUUUUGGCAAUCUAGUAAAGCCUGGCUUCCUGAACGACUGUCUGGAACAAAGCCUUCUCCAUGCAUGCCUCCCUCCUCAGCCCAGCUCAUCUGCACUCAGCUAUGACGUGAGCAAGAAAUAAGCUUUUUAUUAAGCCACUGAGACUUUGGGGUUGUUUAGCAGUUAGUACAGUACCUUAAUAUAAACACUUGAGAGUUUUAUACUUCCGUAAACUAUUCUGGUUUCCUCCUAAUUAGCAUCCUUUCCCAAAAUGCUACAGCUAAUUUCUGCUAGAAAGGAUCAUAGUUCCUUCUGGAUAGAAGUAUUUUCAUCUUUAGAUUUAGGAGAACAAACCCAGUGUUGACCUUGUCACAAUUUGGACUGAGACACUAGAGCCUGUUUGAGCAAAAGUGCUGUUUAAGGACAAGGUUUAAAGGCUUAAGGACAGUGUGGCCUGGAGGAAAGAAUUCUGUUCUAGAACUUGGACUUAACUCUAGUACCAGGUUCACCCUAGCUGGGGGUGGAACCCUGAAAGAAUCAUUAAUUAUUUUUUGGUUUCCUCAUCUGUAAGAUGGGCAUUGUUGCAGAAAUCAGCAGCUGCAAUAAGGUGCCUGACUAAAAUCAAGAAAUGAGGGAAAUAAGAUGAUUUUUUGGGAGUUAAGGAAAGGAGGGAAAUAAGAUGACUUUUUGGGAGUUAUACUAUAUGAUCAACACAUCAGAACAAAGAUAAAGUCACCUGAGAAGCAGUGGUUCCUAGGCCAUCAAGAAUGUACAGACCUCUGGCAUUUGCUGAUUGCCUGUCACUAGACUAAUUACAGAUGCCCUGAGAAUCCCAGUUCUCUCACCUGUAAAGUGUGUAGAUGAGCAUAUAUCUCAUUAUGCUCCACUGGGAACUUAAUAACAAAUAUACUUGCUAUAGCCUGUUUGACUAGAUAGAUAGGUGAUAGAUCAUGAACUCAGUCAUGUCAAGGAGAAUGGUCUUAGCUGAACAUUGUCAGUGUCCAUUCCAAGCACUGUUAGGGGAGAAGGAGUCUUAACUUCUGGGCUUCAAAGCAUUCUGGCUUUUACUUUGGUGAUUAUAACUUAGUCUUCUGAUACUCAGAGCCCAUGGGCUAAUGUAUUCUACUGUAAGAUUCCUGGAGUUUUAAACAGUUAAUCGAGUUUUUCUUGUUCUGAUUCUAAGCUAGCAAAGGCAUCUAUGUCUUGGAUUGUUCCUGUCACAGCAAGGUGCCAUUGAUGGGAAUGUGGAUGCAGAAAAAACUGGAACCACUGUCUUAAUGGAUGGAUGUACUAAACAUGCAUCCCUAAAAUAUCCUCGUCCCAGGAUGGAAAUUUCUCAUUAUGAAUUAAUAUCACUGGCAGCGUGGUGACUAUCUCAGGCUCAUGUACAUUUUAAUUAGUGUGAGUCAGUUUCUUAAGGUCUGGGCAUGACGAGGUAGGUCUUUGGACCCUCUAACAAUGGGAGGAUCCCUCAAUGUGGUGACCUAAUUGCGGGGUGCCCUAUAAGUGCUGCCAGUAUCAGCUGCCUGCCUUCAUGUGAUACCGCUGCUCCUGCCAGAUUUUCCUUCUCCAUCUGCUGCAUACCUCACCAGGCUUGGGCAAGGAUGAAAUGAGGUAAUAAAUGCUUUAUAAACCAUGAAGCGCUAUACAAAUGUUAGUUUUACUGCUGUUUGACCAGGUCUGGGAAUAUUAGAAUAAAACAUCAUUAUGGCUGCAGCUGAAAGAGCCAGGUGGGGAACAUCUGACACCAAAGCUCAACAUUUCUAAGCGCCAAAUUCACAAGCUAUUUCUUACAUGACACAAUGGCCUUCAUGGAAGGUUUACAGUUUGACUUCUCUUUAGCAGUUCUGAUCCAACAAAUUACAUGCAUGCUGUCAAUGGGUGGAAUUCUGGGCUCUUUGAAAGCCUGGUCAAAGACUUAUAUUGCCAUGCAAUCAUUAUGAACAGCAAUAAGUAGAGCUGUAUCUUUAUGGGACAUGCCCUCUUUCUCUAGAAAGCACGUGUAGUGAUUUAAUAUGGUUAUUUACGAACACUGGGUUAUUUCCUCUGUCUGAUUUCCUCUGUUGCCCAAAGGGGGAUUUCAGUAGGGCUGGAAGGUGAAGCCUGAUUAUCCUACAUUAAUAGGAUAAUACUGGGGAUGCCAGUGCUAAGUGUGGCCUCUCUGGUUGUCAGGAGUAGAAUCAUGAUGUCUACCAUAAUACCUCAGGGAAUUAGGUUUACAAAGUGGGAUAUUGUGCUGUUUGUUCUAUAGUGUCUUGUUGAUAGUUGCCAUCAAGUCGAUUCCCACUCAUGGCGACCCCAAGUGUGCAGAGUAGAACUGCUCCAUAGAGUUUUGAAGGCUGUGACCUUUCAGAAGCAGAUUGCCAUGCCUGUCUUCUGAGGUGCCGCUGGGUAGUUUCGAACUGCCAGCCUCUCAGCUAGUAGUUAAGCGCUUAAUGGUUUUCGCCACCCAGGGACUCCAUAUAGUGUCUAGUUUUAGUAAAAGGCAGGAAAAACUUUUAAAAAGCAUAUCUACAGGCACAAAAAUAAUUUUAAUAGGAAUUUAGAAUACCUAGGUAUGGUGCAGUGGUUAAGGGCUUGGCUGCUUGUUGGAGUUUGUUGGAAUCUACCAGCUGCUCCUUGGAAACCCUAUGGGGCAAUUCUACCCUGUCCUAUAGGGUCACUAUGAGUCGGAACCAACUUGACGGCACCGAAUAACAACAUAAAGGUAUAUAACCUAGAUUAAAAAAUUUUUAAUAAUAAAAAUGAAAUCAGGGUAAAUUGUAGUACGAGGUACCGUAGGAGUCAGUAGCUAGGAAAUGGAGAUGGAAAUGAAAACAGCCGAACCCCUGAAAGGGAACAGGGGAGACAGACAUGCAGUUACACAAUGUUUUUUGUGUCUUAAUUCCUUCUUACCCAGAUUCUUUAGCUAAAUCCGAGUCUGGGUACAGAUUAUAUAUGAAACGGAGGAGAGGAAGAAUACUUUUAUUGCUUAAUUAUUUAUAUAUUAAAAAUAUAUACUGAGUACCUAUUACGUGCCAGGCACUGCUGGGCACUGAAAUAUAAUGAUAAGCAAAACCCAGAAUGGCCCCUGACUUCCUGAGACUUACAGUCUCAGGGGAGACAGGCAUUACUCAGAGGAUCACACAUGGAUGUGAGGCGGUUAAUGGUGAUGAGCACUACAGUGAUGUAGCUGGGAGGGUUUAUAACUGGAUUUGACCUUUUCAGGGAAGACUUUGGGACAAAGAAUUUGCAAUCAAUCUGUAGGAGUUAACAAGGGAAAUAGUUAAAUACCAGUUGCCAUAGAGUCAAUUCUGACAGACAGCAACCUCAUGUGUUUCAGAGUAGAACGGUGCUCCAUAGGGCUUUCAAUGGCAGAUCUUUGUGGAAGUAGAUUGCCAGGCCUUCUUCUGAGGAGCCUCUGAGUGGACUCAAACCUCAAACCUCAGUUAAGCCGAAUGCUUAACUGUUUGCACCACCCAGGGACUCCAGGAUUUAAGUGGUUCUUCCCCUACUGUUUUUAGUUAGCUAAAAAAAAAAAAAAAAAAAAUCUCUUAAUUGAAAAAAAAAAAAAAAAAAACCUAAGGUUUCUAAAUAUAUCCUCUGGAAUAAAGCUGAGUAACUACUCUAUUUUAGAGAUUAGAGAAUGGAUGGGCUGACAGGUAUAUGUGUAUGUUUGUUAUCCAAGACAGCCAAGGUGUUUAUCCUGUUUCAACCUCCCAGAGGACUGAAGCUCUAAUUUGUGACUCUUGAUUACCUGUAACACCAGAGGUAUAACUUACAUCAUAAUGCUACAUCUCCUGGAUGCUUCAGUGCUCCCAACUCAAAGAUAAUUUCUGAAGCACUUUGUUACACUGGGGACAGUUCCUGAGCCCUCAAACUCUUUUUUUUUUCUCUAAAUUUUGGAGUCUUGGGCUCUGCAGAUCACUCUUACCUUCCUUGUUCUUCCAGCUGGAAGGGCAACUGAAUUGAGUUUAUAUGCCAUUGCAGCAGAGGUCAAAAAACAACCUACCUUCCCACAACCCCCUCCAUGUAUACUUUCCAUAUUUGUAACAUAAUUGUUACCAUUAAUGUUGCUUAAAACAUUAAUCUCUUACAGAGAUUCUUUCUUGGAAUAUAGCUUCGUUUACAGUAAAGCUGUCCAAUGACCAUCACUCUUUUCAACUGAAAUAAAUGAUAAACUUUUUUAGAGCUAUAAUCUGAUUCAUUAAAAGCCACGUGGGGAAAAGAAAAUGAUGUAAUGCAGCAGGCUUCUUCAUGGCAAGCAGUUCCCUAGAUGUCUGAGGUAAUUGGAAAAUUCAAGGCUGGUCCCUAAGGUGUGUAUGAUUUAUUCAACAGGCUUGAGGGAAGGCUGAGGAUUUUUUUUUUCCAAGUGGUAUUUGGUUAAAUGAAAAAUACUGGAGUCAGGGGGAUGGGAAGUCUGGUUUGUAGAACUAGAUACCAAGGAGAUCCAAACUAAAAACUGUAUCAAUAAGAUUGUUAUUAAUUUAAUUCAUGCAAUGAAAUACACUAUUAACCCUCUACUAUGUGCCAGGAACUGUUUGACACAGGGAGAACACAGUAGUUAAAUCCCUGCCCUCACAGAGCAUGAUUCUAGCAUGAGAGGACAGACAAUAAAAUAGAAGUUAGUGGUGAUGAGAGCUAUACAGGGAAAAGAAGCCAGGUCAAGGCGGAAAGAGUACUGGGCUGAGGAGUUGCUCUUUUAUAUGGGGUUGUUAGGGACCUCUGUAAUAGGUGCUGUUUGACAUGGGAGCCAAACCUGAAGAAGAUGAGGAAGUGAAUCGUGGAGGUAUUCGUAAGAAAAGCAUCCCAGGUGAGGGGUAGUGAUUGUGAAGGCCCUGAGGCAGAGAGUCCUUGGAGAGUUGGAGGAGCAAGAGGUAGGCCAGUUGGCAGGAAUAGAGUAAUGGUGAUGGGGUGGGUAGAACAUGAGAGAAGAGCAAGGAUCCAGAUCACGCAGGAUCUUAAUAUGCUGAUGUAAAGACUGGCCUUUACUCCAAAUAAGAUGGGAAGCCAGUGGAGGAGGCUGAGCAAAAGAGUGACAUGAUCUGACAUGUUUUACAAGGACCCCUCUGGCUGCUGGGUGGAGGACAGACUAUAAGGGCAUGAUGGUAGAAGCAGAAAGACCAGUUAGAAGGCUACUGCAGACUUCUCGGUGAGAAAUAUGGUAGCUUAGACCAGGAUGGUAGCCGUGGAGUGGAGUAGUGGCCAGCAGAUGACUUUUGAAGGUAUGGCUGAUAGAUUUGUCAGGGUGAGAAAUAAGCCCAAGGUUAUUGGGCUGAACAACAGUAAGAAUAGUUUUGAACUUUCCACUGAAGAGAUGGAGAAGACUGCGGGGAAAGCAGUUUGGUGGUGGUAGGUGUGUAGGAAUUGAAAACUUAAGAGUUCUAGCUUAGACAUCUUAAAUUUGAGGUGCCUACCACACAUCCAAGUGGAGAUGUUAUAUAAGCUAUUGGAUGUAAUCGUAUGAGGUUUGGAGCUGGAGAUCAGUUUGGGAAUAAUGAGUGUAUAAAUGGUGUCAUGGAUAGAAUUAUGCCCCCCCCCCCAAAAUGUGUGUAUCAAUUUGACUGGGCCAUGAUUCCCAGUAUUGUGUGAUUCUCCGUUAUAUUAUAAAUCCUGCCUCUGUGAUGUUAAUGGCAGAGGAUGGGCAGCAGUUGUGCUGGUGAAGCAGGACUCGGUCUACAAGACUGGAUUGUGUCUUGAGGCAAUCUCUUGAGAUAUAAAAGAGAGCAGAGAGACAGGGGGACCUCAUACCACCAAGGAAGCAGUACCAGGAGCAGAGCGUGUCCUUUGGACCUAAGGUCCCUGUGCAAAGAAGCUCCCGGUCUGGGGGAAGAUUGAUGAGAAGGCCGACAGAGAGAGAAAGCCUUCCCCUGGAGCUGACAACCUGAAUUUGGACUUUAAGCCUACUUUAAGGUGAAGAAAUAAAUUUCUCUUGUUAAAGCCAUCUCUACUCUGGUAUUUCUGUUAUAGCAGCACUAGAUGACUAAGACAAAUGGUAUUUAAAAUCAUGAGAGGAUGUGCUUAUCUAAGGAGUGGAGGAAGACAGAAAUGCAAGAAUUGAUCCUAGAGGCUCUUCCGUGCUCAGAGAUCAGGGGGGUAAGACGUGACUAGCACAGGGGACUGAGACUCUAACCAUCAGAGUAAAAUAAGGGCCAUUACGUGCCCCUGUAUGGCACAAAUGGUUAAGUACUCAACUACUAGCCCAAAGGCUGGUGGUUCAAAUCCACCAAGCGGCACUACAGAAGAAAGGUCUGGCAAUCUACUGAAAGGUCACAGUUCAAAACCCUACGGAGCAGUUCUACUCUGCACAUAUGAAGUCGCUGUGAGUCAGAAUCGAUUUGAUGGCAACUAAGAACAACAACAGUACUCCAAUGACAGCAAGACAGAUGUAUUUCCUUGAGAGGAAAAUGGCCAUUUUUAGAACCACUAAUCUAAAAGCAGCAUUGAUGAACUAAAAGGACACUGACCUGACCUCAGGACCCCGUGACACUGGGAGUGAAGAAGUGCAAAUAGCUAAUAAUUUGGGAGGGUUACUGGGGCAACAGUGCCUUCUGGGAAGAUCAGAUUUGGUUAGAGAAAGAGGCUGAAGGAAAUGUUUCUAGAAAAGGGUGAGAAUAUAGGAAGCCCUGGUGGCAUUGUGAUUAAGAGCUCGGCUGCUAACCAAAAGGCCUGCAGUUCAAAUCCACCAGCUGCUCCUUGGAAACCCUAUAGGGCAGUUCUACUCUGUCCUACAGGGUCACUAUGAGUCGGAAUCGACUCAACGGCACCUAACAAUAACAACUAAGGUACAAGAAUAUCUUAGUAUCUACUGCUACAAUGCAGCCAUCUCUUCACAUCAAGUAGGAAGUAUAUAUUCCAUAAUGACCUGACAGUCAGUGUGUUUCAUCUAAUCACUUCACUUCCUUUGCCUGACUCAAGUCACCACUCAGGUGAGUCACCUACUUCUUAAGGGAUCUUACAGGCAGACUUCAAUAACUGUAUUGAAUACAUGCUGAGUUUGUUGCUACAGAAGACACAGAGUCCAGACAAAUAUACAAAAUAUAGUGAAGACUUCGGCAGGCUCAGACACAAGAGCUUUGUACUUUCUCUCCCAAAAAUUCUCUUCAGCCUUUAACAGUUAAGAAGUCAUGCCAUAAGGGUCAAAGUUUCUAGUUAGUUCCUAGGUAUAGCAGCAGCAGUGAAGACUAUUCCCUAAAACACAGGGAGGACUGACAGAGCUGUGUGUAGGAUGAUGGCAUCAACGUGGCAUGUGUAGAACUGCUCAAUUUAUGAGGUUCUAUUUCAAUACUGGGGCCCUGGUGGCACAGUGGUUAAGUGUUAGGCUGCUAACCAAAAGGCUGGGAGUUUGAAUCCAUCACCUGCUCCUUGGAAAUCCUAUGGGGCAGUUCUACUCUGUCUUAUAGGGUCGGUAUGAGUUGGAAUCGACUUGACAGCAAUGGAUUUGGUUUGCGUAUUUCAAUAUUAACUUACUAGUUGUAUGUCCUUGCCCAAACAGUAAUUUUUCAGGCUCUGGGAGCAGGGGAGGAACGUGGUAUAGAAGCAUGAGGGGGAUGCCCACCUAAAUGGCAAGAUCACAUUGUAAUGGUCACAAGAAACAUAUGGGUCAAUCAGUUUAAAGCGUGCUAGCAAAAAGUGGCUAGGAUGAAAGCAGGUUUUCGUUCUCUGAGGGAAGUAUUUAAAUAACCUGUGGCUCAGGGAAAAGGCUGUAAUGUGUCAGAGAGUGGGUUCUAACUUCCAGUGGCAUAGCUAUCUCUGUACCGGUACAAAAUAAAGAGCAGCUUUUCUCAGUACAGAAAAAUGCCUACCCACCUUUAAGAGAAGGGUAGUGGUGGUCCCUGGUGCCAAACCAUCCACACAUACCAUCAAUGACUCACAUAAAAAGCACUUGAGCUCUAAGGUAAGAUAAGGCACUUUGUUUUUAAUUCUAUCAGUUU